CCCCGGCGCCCCCCCCCCGCGGCCCCGCCCCGCCCGGCCCCGGUACCGGCGCUCCCGGCGCGGCGGAGCGGAGCCGAGCGGGGCCGGGCCGAGCCGCUGCCGGUGGGCGCAGGUGCGCGGUGCCCCGAGCCCCCCCGGACCCCCCCCGGCACGGAGAGGUGCGGUGGGUGCCCAGCCAGGGCGGGGGGCACCAUGGCACCCCCUGCCCGCGCCCCGCUGCUGCUGCUGCUGCUGCUGGCGGCCGAGAGGACGGCGAGGGGCUCCUUCCCCGAGGAGCCCGGCCCCAUCGCCGUGGCCCCCCCGGACUACGUGAAGCACUACCCCGUGUUCGUGGGGCACGGCAGCGCCCGGCCGGGGGGCCCCGAGGGGGGGGGCAGCCAGCGCCUCAACAUCCAGCGCAUCCUCAAGGUCAACAGGACCCUCUUCAUCGGGGACAGGGACAAUGUCUAUCGGGUCAGCCUGGAGCCCAGCGGGGCCGCUGAGAUGCGCUACCACCGGAAACUGACGUGGCGCUCGAACCAGCACGACAUCAGCAUCUGCAGGAUGAAGGGCAAGCACGAGGCAGAGUGCCGAAAUUUCAUCAAGGUGCUGCUGGUGAGGAACGAGAGCCUCCUCUUCGUCUGUGGCACCAACGCCUUCAACCCCGUCUGCGCCAACUACAGCAUGGACACGCUGGAGCCCGUCGGGGACAACAUCAGCGGCAUGGCCCGCUGUCCCUACGACCCCAAGCACGCCAACGUGGCGCUGUUCACAGGGGGGAUGCUCUUCACCGCCACGGUGACGGAUUUCCUGGCCAUCGACGCCGUCAUCUACCGCAGCCUCGGCGACAGCCCCACCCUGCGCACCGUCAAGCACGACUCCAAGUGGUUCAAAGAGCCCUACUUCGUGCACGCCGUGGAAUGGAGGAGCCACGUCUACUUCUUCUUCCGGGAGAUCGCCAUGGAGUUCAACUACCUGGAGAAGGUGGUGGUGUCACGGGUGGCCCGGGUGUGCAAGAACGACAUGGGGGGCUCGCAGCGGGUGCUGGAGAAGCAGUGGACGUCCUUCCUCAAGGCCCGGCUCAACUGCUCCGUGCCGGGCGAUUCCCACUUCUACUUCAACGUCAUCCAAGCCGUGACGGACAUCCUGGAGCUGGACGGGCGCCCCGUGGUGCUGGCCGUGUUCUCCACGCCCGCCAACAGCAUCCCCGGCUCCGCCGUCUGCGCCUUCGACAUGACCCAGGUGGCCGCCGUCUUCGAGGGACGGUUCCGGGAGCAGAAGUCACCCGAGUCCAUCUGGACACCCGUGCCUGAGGACAUGGUGCCGAAGCCACGGCCCGGGUGCUGCGCGUCCCCCGGGAUGCGCUACAACUCCUCCAGCGCCUUCCCCGACGAGAUCCUCAACUUCGUCAAGACGCAUCCGCUGAUGGACGAGGCGGUGCCGGCCCUGGGCAACGCCCCCUGGAUCCUCCGCACCAUGACCCGGUACCAGCUCCGUAAGAUCGCGGUGGACAACGCGGCGGGGCCGUGGGGCAACCACACCGUGGUGUUCCUGGGCUCCAGCACCGGCACCGUGCUCAAGUUCCUCAUCCUGCCCAACGCCACCAGCAGCCCCGCGCCCGCCGCCCCCGGCAGCCAGAGCGUCUUCCUGGAGGAGUUUGAGACCUACCAGCCUGGGAGGUGUGGCCGGGACACAGAGGACGAGCGGCGGCUCCUGGGGCUGGAGCUGGACAAGGCUGCGGGCUCCCUGCUGCUGGCCUUCCCCCCGUGCGUGGCCAGGGUGCCCGUGGCUCGCUGCCAGCAGCACUCGGGCUGCAUGAAGAACUGCCUGGGGAGCCGGGAUCCCUACUGUGGCUGGACACCCGAGGGCUCCUGCAUCUUCCUGGAGCCCAGCCCCAGGGCGGCCUUCGAGCAGGACAUCGCCGGCGGCAGCACGUCCCACCUGGGCGAGUGCGAGGGGCUGGUGACGGAGAGCUUCGUGGACGAGCCGGACGGGCUGGUGUCGGUGAACCUCCUGGUGAUAUCCUCCGUCGCCGCCUUCGUCAUCGGCGCCGUGAUCUCCGGUUUCAGCGUGUGCUGGUUCAUCGGGCACCGGGACCGCAAGGAGCUGGCGCGGCGCAAGGACAAGGAGACCAUCCUGGCGCACAGUGAGUCGGUGGUGAGCGUCAGCCGCCUGGGCGAGCGGCGGGCUCGCGGCGCCCUGCUGGCCCCGCUGAUGCCCAACGGGUGGCCCAAGGAGCUGGGCAAGGUCACCCAACACGACCUGGACUCGGGGGUGCUGCCCACGCCGGAGCAGACCCCGCUGCAGCAGAAACGCUGCCCCGGAGCCCUCCAAAACUGCACCUGGGAGCAGAGUCACAACAUCAUCAACGCGGCCUUGCGGGACCCUGGCGGCUCCGGGCCCGCGGGCGCCGGGCGGGGGCACGGCGGCUCCGGCCGCCCGCCGCGGGGCAUCCCCCUCUCCUGCCACGCCAUCCUGGUGGACCAGGAGCUGGAGGCCGAACUCAGCGACUCCUCAGGGGACGGGCAUUGGGCUCGAGAGCCUCAGGAAGGUCCCCGCACCCGGCAGCACCCGCCCGCCGGGGCCCGCCGCCCGCCCCGCAGCUCCUACGGCGACUUCGGCGGGACGCCGCACCCCAGCCCCGAGCGCCGGCGGGUGGUCUCGGCACCCAGCGGGGACGGGGGAGACUUUACCGAGGGGCCGCCCUGGCACCCCGAGCAGCUGAACUUCAACGCCAACAACGGCACGGGCCGCCCCGGCGCCCACCUCAAGAGGAACCACACGUUCAACAGCGGCGAGGCGGCGGCGGGAGGCUACGGGCGGCACGGGACGGCGGCGCGGGCAGCGCGGGCACCGGGCACCCCGCGGCCGCUGACGGACCUGCAGCACCUCCUGCGCUACGGCGUGGAGCGGACUCCCUCGGGGAAAUAGGGUCCCACCGUGUGCGCGUCCCCCUGGCCAGGACACCGAUGGGGGCCCCGGCUCCCCGGGGACAGCGAGGGGGGCCGGGCAGGAGCUGCGGGCAGGGGGUGCGGUGCUGCAGGGGUGAGGGGGGCACAGGCACCCCUGGGUGCCCCCGGAGAGGGUUUGGGGGUGUGCCCGGCUGGCGUGGGGCAGUGCCCCGCGCUCCGGCUGCGUUGUCCCACCGUGUCCCCUCCCCAGGCUGGAGGGGCGUCCCCGGGGGGCAGCGGGAUGGACACACGGACACGGGCACCGGGCUGUGCCCCCCAGCCCGCAGCGGCACCCGGGGGGCCUUUUGGGUGCUGCCAGCCCCCUGGGGACACCCGGCCGGGCGUGCACUGGUGGUGGUGAUGGAACCUGGUGAACGUUUUGGGUGCGGGGGGCUGGGGGCCCCCCGAAUGUGGCGUUUUCUGGGGAUGGGGCACACUCCCACCCCCAGGCUGGGGUCAGCCCUUUCCCAGUGCCAGCCUGGGGGUUGCCCACCCUUCCCCUCCCCCGGCACCCCCUCCUGGAAAGCACAGCCGGGGUGGGGGGGCACCGCGGGGGGGUCCCCACCGAGCCCACUCUCUGCUGGCAAAGGGUGCCCUUUCGGUGCCACCCCUGCCCGGCACCCACCCGGGGUGGCGUGUCGCGGGGGAGUGGCGGGUCCCCGGGGGAUGGCGGGUCCCCAGGGGGGUGGCAGGCUGUAAAUAGGGCAGGGGGCGGCGGGAGCCACCCCCCCCCCCCAGCGGCCAUGCAUGCGGCCGCCCGCGGGCUGUACCCCGCGGCCCCAAUAAACACCCGGUUACCGGA